AUGCAUGACGAACGUGGAGACAGUUUAAUCAACUCCUUCGAUUUCUCCGCAAUCGAAGAGAUGGACCCCAGCCUCAGUGAAGGCCACCAUGUAGCAUAUGACCGAGAAGUCCCAUUCGAGCUCAGAAUUCAAGAGUCAGGAAGUGGCCCUCAAGAAGUCGGGACUCUCGAAGCCAUCAAAGUAAAGCUUCUGGUCCUCGGCGACAACAACAACCCUCAGCACGUAAAAGUCGAGCUCACAAGUGAGAACGACCUUUUCUUCCACUAUAUCCACGCUUUAGACGAAGCCAGCUUCCAACAACUGCAGCAAUCCCAAAAACUGAUGAUUGACUUCUCAGAGCUCCCCACAAUCAUGAUAAGGAUGCUGAAUUCUUGCAUCAAGGAGCCUCACAACUUCUUGGCGGUCUUCAUUAUGCAUAGAGAUGGCCGCGCUCGUCUUGACUUCAUCCAGAACAUGGAGUACAAGUUCAUCGAGCUCCUGUCCUUGGACUUCUUAGCCAGCACUGAAGAAAUGGUCCGCCAGCAGAUCACUUAUCGUUAUAACGCAGUUAAAAGCAAGCUCGCAAUUGUCCAAGCUCGUCUGCAAGAUGUGAAUGCUGCGAUUAAAGUGAAAAACCCUUCAUUAUUGCUACAGCUGCAGAGACAGCCAAAGAAGGGACUUCAAAAUCAGAGUUAA